AUGCUUGCAAUGUUACUCAACAAUCUUACCAGUUGUGUGCAGGAGGGACUUGUUUCCCUUUACAACUUAUAUUUUGGACGGGACGUCGCCGUGACCUUGUUUCGGAUUGAUGAGGCAUUGGUGUGCGAGGGACCAGUCGUCACCCCUGCAGUCACCGCCGGUUGGUGGACAGGAGGAAUUCCUCUUGUUGCCGUUGUCGCUGGCGGAGCAGCAGCUUGUCUGACCUCUCUCGCACUCGCCACUUGGCAGAUCCGACGUCACGAGGCAACCCGGAAACAACUGCUGAAAGAAAUCAAAGAUCUACGAAAGGAAAACACCUGUGUUGUUGCUGAAUCCAGAAAGCGCGACCAGGAGCUCGUCAGCAAGACCGAAGAACUGGAUAUAGAACUGCAGCACAGGGAUCAGCUAGUCCAAAACUUGUUGGCUGAUGAAGACCGACUGAAGGAAGACGUUUACAUUCUGGAGGAAAAGUUGCUGGACAUGGAAAGGCUCCUCAAAGAAAGUAGGCUUAACACCGAAGAUUUAAAGACUACUUAUGAGGAUAUGAUUGCAGAUAAGGAACAUCAAAUUGAAGACUUGUUGGCAAAGGAAGAAAAGAAUAAGGAAGAUUGUGCUAAUCUGGAAAAAAAAUUACUGGACGCCCUUACGAACAAUGAGGAAAUGGACAGACGAAUGAAGGAGGAGGCAGAACUUUCAGUUUAUCGUCAAACUCUAAUUGAGGCAAGAGAUGAACAAAUCCAGGUUUUCCUCACUAAGAAAGACGAAGUUCAAGAGGCCUGUGAUCGUCUGGAGAGAAAUCUGCUUGAGGCCCUCAGCAGAAACGAGGACAUGGAAACGCUCUUGGAGGAAACAGAGCGUGAAAAGAAUGAAUUUAAAAAUCUUUUUGACAACCUGAUUGAGAAGAAGAAUCAUCAGAUCAAAGAUUUGUUAGCAGAAGAAGGUAAGCUUAAAGAAGAAAAGGGACAUUUGGCAGGAAGUCUGGAGGAUGCCCUUAGAAACGUGGAGGAGAUGGAAAGGGUCCUCAAGAUGGAGAAAGAAACAGCAAAACCUGGAGUGGCAAAUAUCUAUGAAAAAAGGAUUGAAGACCUUUACACCCACAUUAAAGGUUUGUUGGCAGAAGAGGGAAGGCUUAAGGCAGAAAGAGGGUAUUUGGCUGAAAAACUAGGAGAUACCCUAAAUACAGUGGAGGAACUGGAAAAGCUCCUGAACAAAGAAAAAGAUGAAAAGGUAGAGCUAACAAAAAAUUAUGAAGAAAUGGUUGACGAGUUGUAUGUUUCCGUCAAAGACUUGUUGGCGAAAGAAGUUCAACAAAAGGACGAAAAGGAGCUAUUGGAACGAAAACUCAAGGAAUUGCUGGCCAAAGAAAAAAACCUGGAAAAGAGUAAAGAGUCCUUGGAAGAUAAAUUAGAAGAGGCCCUCUGUUCCAGUCACCAAAUGGAGAAGUUGUGGAAAGAGGAACAAGAGACGAAACUAACAAUGGAAAUAAAGUGGCAGCAGGCAAUGCAGGAAAAGGAGGAAGAACUGAAUAUGUGGAGGCAAAAAUGUGAGGAAUCUGAUGUAAAAGAAAGAUUGAGAGAGAGGACUGAGAAGCAGAACCUAGAGAAGCUGCAAGAGCUCACAGAAAAAUGUGAAGAGUUACAAAAGAAAAGUCAGGAAGAAAAAGAGUAUUUGGCAGAAAAACUAGGAGAUACUCUAAAUACAGUGGAGGAAAUGGAAAAGCUCCUGAAGAAAGAAAACGAUGAAAAGGUUGAGCUAACAAAUAAUUAUGAGGAAAUGGUUGACGAAUUGUAUAUUUCCGUCAAAGAUUUGAUGGCGAAAGAAGUUCAACAAAAGGAAGAAAAGGAGCUAUUGGAACAAAAACUCAAGGAAUUGCUGUCCAAAGAAAAAAAACUUGAAAAGAGUAAAGAGUCCUUGGAAGAUAAAUUAGAAGAGGCCCUCUGUUCCAGUCACCAAAUGGAGAAGUUGUGGAAAGAGGAACAAGAGAUGAAACUAACAAUGGAAAUAAAGUGGCAACAGGCAAUGCAGGAAAAGGAGAAAGAACUAAAUAUGUGGAGGCAAAAAUGUGAGGAAUCUAAUGUGAAAGAAAGAUUGAGAGCAAGGACUGAGAAACAGAACCUAGAGAAGCUGCAAGAGCUCACAGAAAAUUGUGAAGAGUUACAAAAGAAAUGCCAGGCAGCGGAGGAAGCUAAGGCAAAGGAAGAACUACACCAACAAAGAGAAUGGCAAAGAAAGGCAGGCAGCAAGCUCUAA